CGCAGCGCGCAGGCGGUGGCGAAGAGAAGCCGAGCGGGCCGAGCGCGGCCGAGCAAAGCCGGAGCCGGAGCGGGGCCGCAAGAGCCGGACCGGGUCCGGACGGGCCGAGAUGCCCUAUAAACUGAAGAAGGAGAAGGAGCCCCCCAAGCUUGCCAAAGGCGCGGCGAAGCCCAGCAGCUCGAGCAAGGAUGGUGGCGGCGAGAGCGCUGAGGAGGCCCAGCCCCAGCCGCAGCCGCCACCGCAGCCACCACCGCAGCCGCCAUCAUCCAACAAGCGUCCUAGCAACAGCACGCCGCCCCCCACACAGCUCAGCAAAAUCAAGUACUCAGGGGGGCCCCAGAUUGUCAAGAAGGAGCGACGGCAAAGCUCCUCCCGCUUCAACCUCAGCAAGAACCGGGAGCUGCAGAAGCUUCCUGCCCUGAAAGACUCACCAACCCAGGAGCGGGAGGAGCUGUUUAUCCAGAAGCUACGCCAGUGCUGCGUCCUCUUUGACUUUGUGUCAGACCCACUCAGUGACCUCAAAUUCAAGGAGGUGAAGCGGGCGGGGCUCAACGAAAUGGUGGAGUACAUCACCCACAGCCGCGAUGUUGUCACCGAGGCCAUUUACCCUGAGGCCGUCACUAUGUUUUCAGUGAACCUCUUCCGGACGCUGCCACCUUCCUCAAAUCCCACCGGGGCCGAGUUUGACCCUGAGGAAGAUGAGCCCACCCUGGAGGCCGCCUGGCCGCAUCUCCAGCUCGUGUACGAGUUUUUCUUACGUUUCCUUGAGUCUCCCGAUUUCCAGCCAAACAUAGCCAAGAAGUACAUUGACCAGAAGUUUGUCCUUGCUCUCCUGGACCUGUUUGACAGUGAGGACCCUCGAGAGCGGGACUUCCUCAAGACCAUCUUGCAUCGCAUCUAUGGCAAGUUUUUGGGGCUCCGGGCUUAUAUCCGUAGGCAGAUCAACCACAUCUUCUACAGGUUCAUCUAUGAGACGGAGCAUCACAAUGGGAUUGCCGAGCUCCUGGAGAUCCUGGGCAGCAUCAUCAAUGGCUUUGCCUUGCCCCUGAAAGAAGAGCACAAGAUGUUCCUCAUCCGUGUCCUGCUUCCCCUUCACAAGGUCAAGUCUCUGAGUGUCUACCACCCUCAGCUGGCGUACUGCGUGGUACAGUUCCUGGAGAAGGAAAGCAGCCUCACUGAGCCGGUGAUCGUGGGCCUUCUCAAGUUCUGGCCCAAGACCCACAGCCCCAAGGAGGUGAUGUUCCUGAAUGAGCUAGAGGAGAUUCUGGAUGUCAUUGAACCUUCAGAGUUCAGCAAAGUGAUGGAACCACUCUUCCGCCAGCUUGCCAAGUGUGUCUCCAGCCCCCAUUUCCAGGUGGCAGAGCGUGCCCUCUAUUACUGGAACAAUGAGUACAUCAUGAGCCUGAUAAGUGACAAUGCUGCCCGAGUCCUUCCCAUCAUGUUCCCUGCACUCUACAGGAACUCCAAGAGCCACUGGAACAAGACAAUCCAUGGCCUGAUCUACAAUGCCCUGAAGCUGUUUAUGGAGAUGAAUCAGAAGCUGUUUGAUGACUGUACACAACAGUACAAGGCAGAGAAGCAGAAGGGCCGGUUCCGAAUGAAAGAGAGAGAAGAGAUGUGGCAAAGGAUUGAGGAGCUGGCUCGCCUUAACCCCCAGUAUCCCAUGUUCCGAGCGCCUCCACCACUGCCUCCUGUGUACUCGAUGGAGACGGAGACCCCCACGGCAGAGGACAUCCAGCUUCUGAAGAGAACGGUGGAGACAGAGGCCGUGCAGAUGCUAAAGGACAUCAAGAAGGAGAAAGUGCUGCUUCGGCGGAAGUCAGAGCUGCCUCAGGACGUGUACACCAUCAAGGCACUGGAGGCGCACAAGCGGGCGGAAGAGUUUCUAACUGCCAGCCAGGAGGCGCUCUGACCUCCUCACCCUCCCACCACAGGGCCCCAGCCCUCCACCUUCUGCUCCCCACUGGCUGACUUGGGGCAAGGCAGGGCCUCUCUGCUCUAGGGAGGGGGAUGAGGCACUUGAAGCGGGGACACCCGCAGAGUGGUCCCUCUUCUCCCCUGAAAUGUGUUCAUGCCUCCCCGCGGCUAGUACAGACAGGCUGAGCGCGGCAAUGCUCAGCGCUCACACAACUUGGGGAUGCCUGGCCCCCUCCUGCUCCUUAUCCCACAGCUGCCUGCAGCUGCUCUGAGAAAUACACACGGGAAUAACGUGCUCCUCUCCUCUCCCCUGCAGCCCCAGUUGAACUCCAGGUGUCUCCUCCUUGUCUCCCUCCCCUGCAGGCACAUAGGGAGCAGCAGGAGAUGAUUCUCACCAAAGUUAUAUCAAACCCCAUUGGCCCCUGAAGUGAAUUAGCUGGAGGGGAGCCAACCCCCAACAGCACAAAUAGGCCCCCAGCCCCAGCAGUGUGCAGGCUGAUGGGGCUGCAUUAUUUCCUCUUACCCCUGCCUGAUCAAGACAACAUAGGAGAGCAAAAGGAGAAAAGCAUAGGCUUUGGACAGUAGGUGAUGAAUAUAGGGCCCAGAUGGACCAAGAGAAGGGGAUGAACAAACACCCUACCCUGUACCCCCUCUUUGGUGAGCAGCAGCCCUGGGAUCACUGACACGGAAGGGACCAUCCUGGGGCUGACUGCUUUCCUGUGCUGUUGGUCCCCAAAGCUAGGAAGAAGGAAGCAGGGGGCAGUGCCCUAAGCAUGGCUCCCCCCAACACCUAUUUAUUUCCCUGUUUGUGCUGAUGCUGGGCAGGCUCUCACUUGUCCCUUUCAGGAACCUUGGAGGGGCGAGGGGC